UUAGCGGAGAAUAUAAUAUCUCAAAGUUUUUCGUUCGUGUGCAACGUAAACUGCUCUUAACUGUGUAGCAAGAUCGCUUGCUUGACAGUUUCAAACUAAUCAAGCAGAUGGCUGGCGUUAAGCCCUUAACGGAGGAGGAUAAGGAAGUUAUCUCAUUAUAUGGCAAACCAAUUACCUUGUACGGCAUUCUUCAAGCUUUUACACAAGACAAGCCACGUUUCCUUCCAAGGUGUUUGAGUUACAAAAUACAGGCGAGGAAAAAUAAGAUGGCAAAUCUAAGUGGAAUCACAAUUUUCAACUACAUGAAUUGUAACAACAUAAUACUGAGAUCCCAAGUUGUGAAAAGGACUUCUUGCCCAUUUUGCCGAAUGAAAUGUGGAAGCCUCAAGGGCGUGAAACAUCAUUUGACGUCAUCGCAUGCCUUAUUUGACUUUAACUUUCGGCUGUCGGAGAAUGGUCAUCCGAUGUUUGAUGUCUCCGUGAAACCUGAUGCAUUCAAAAAUGGGGUAGUAAAUUAUGAUUUAGAGGAGCACGAUCGUGUUAAUAUCUACUUUUAUCGCUCGAGAUCCUGUAUGCGAGGCCAAAGAGCUGGUCCUAAGGGACGUAAAUGUUGUAAGAUUUUUGAGAUGUAUUCAGAAGAUGUCCCUCGUGACAAAGCAAAUGAAAUUCCUCAUGUGAACGGUGAUAAUAUCACAUCCUCCCUAGCAAGAACUCGCUUGUCGGGACAGACUAGCGAAAUUCAGACAAUAACUCAACCAGAGAUAGGUCAGUCUUCUAGAGCUAAGGGGCCUCGUGCUAUUGGGAGAAAAAGGUUAAAUCCACGGCGGCUCGAGGCUGAAAGAACCGAUCUUCUUAGGAGUCGGCAGUUCUAUCACUCUAAAACAUUGCAGCCAAUGACCCUGGAAGAAGUACUGUCUGAUGCGGACAGCGAUAAUGAAAAUGAUAAAGAAUUUAAAGAUUUUCAAGAACGCAUGAAGAUUGAUCGGUUGGUGGAUGCGAGCGAUGAUGAGAAGAGAUUUAUGGGGCUUUGGAACACAUUCAUGGGUGAGCAAAGUGUGUACGUUGAUAAACAUGUUCCUUGGGCAUGUGAACAGUUCGUAAAACAUCAUGCGAAAGAGCUGAUCACUCCUAAACUUUCCUGGCAAUGGAGAAUGUUCGCAAUUGAUACGCUGUGUAUAAAAUACGGUCUGAUAUCCCCCAAGACCAUGGACAAAUGCAGUAUCAUCCUGCAGAAGGCACAGCUAGAAGAAGAAUUCCCAGAAGAAGCGGCGGCAGCAGCAGAAGUGGAGGCAUUGGAAGAAGCGGAGGCAGCCGUGGCGGCAGCAGCAGAAGCAGCGGCAAAAGCGGAAAAAGCGGCAAAAGCGGCAGCAGUUGCAGCGGCAGCAAAAGCAUCCGCCGCUAAAGGCACAAGGAAAAGCGCCAGAAUACAAAAGAAGAAGAUGCAAGAAGCCGAGAGAAGAACAUUAGCCAUGGUGUGUGUCAGAGAUCUUCAUUUCUGAAGUGAGAGAUCAAAAACUGUUUGAAAAUUCCCGUACU